AUGGACUGGGCCCAGUCGCCCCAUUUUGGGCUCAACCUGCCCGAGGGUGGCAGCCGGAGCGCCAAUUUCUGGUGUACCCAAACCGGAUGGGAUCAUGAGACUCCUCGCAUAAAGCCUCAUCCUGUCCAUGUCCUCCUUCCUCCACCUCCCUCCCGCCGCCUGCCAGUGACACCUAUACCUUUGCAGAUACUCAUCCUUCACGUUCCACAGGCCUCAGCCGCCUGA